UAAUAGCUCGAUUCUUGUCGACUUGAAAACGCUACUUCUAGUUGUACUCAGCGAUUAGGAUCAAUGGAAACUUCUAAAAAGAUCGAUGUUCUUGAAAAGCUCGUCCAAAUCUUUCAGCAAGAGAACGCUUGCGAAAUUAUUUCUGGUGAAUUGUCUAACUUGAGACAAUACUGUGGUAAAAUAAUCAACGAGGAAAGGCUUCGUCGUAUAAAUUUUACUGGCGAUAUUAUUCUACGAACUUGUUCAUUUUCAAAACUGCAGUUCCCUGAAAGCCAAAUUGAAAGAUCAGGACCCAAUGUCCCUGUUAGAGGACCACCUCUGAACAUUGCUUUUAUUAAUCUGGCCAUCUUUACCAUUGUUGGAUAAACAUCUUUGCUGCUGUUGGAAGAAGAUCACCUUUGAACAUUGCUUUUAUUAAUCUUGCCAUCUUUACGGUUGUUGGAUAAACAUCUUUGCUGCUGUUGGAAGAAGACCGCCUUUGAACAUUGCUUUUAUUAAUCUUGCAAUCUUUACAAUUGUUGGAUAAACAUCUUUGCUGUUGUUGGAAGAAGACCACCUUUGAACAUUGCUUUUAUUAGUCUUGCCAUCUUUAUGGCUGUUACAAAAGGCAUCCUUGCUGUUUUUCGAAAAAGACCAUUUGAUGGGGCUACAAAGAUGGGGAAUUAUUUUUUUGUAGUGAACUGUCUUUUGGUUAUUCACUGCAAAAAUAACAUGCUUCAUCUUUCU